UAUGGAGCUGAAGAGGAGACUAAUGGUGCACCUAAUCUCUUUCACAAGAUAAGAAUCUUUACACCAAAAGAUUCGGAGCUUAAAGGUGACCAAUCCAUUGAAGAGAAGCUUGAGAGAACUAUGAAGCUUUUCCCCAAGGCAUUGGUUUUCAAAGAUGAUGUGAGAGAUGACAUGGCGCAAACACCACUACAAGAAGCCACUGAACCGGAGAAUGGAGAAGCUAAAGGGAUCCUUUGCCCUUCAGCCACUCUUCACCACGAUUGA